AUGGUGCAAAUAACUCUCUAUUAUGGCCCUCUCAAGAAUCAACUCUCGCGGCAUCGAUUUGUAGAACUCAAUGUCAAAGCCUGUGAAAUGUUGAAUGAAGCAUGGAUAUUUCUCUCGCAACUUCGUUACGCCUGUGCCAAGUUACUUGCUGGUUGCAUCAUAAUCAACAAGAAAGAAGCUGUAAUCGCCAAUUCAAUCGAGGUGUAUGAGCGCUCCCGAACAAUCGAUGUUCACCGUGAGAGAUCAUCCAUCAUCAAAGGCUCGCCAUCUCAAAGCUCGCUGCCACCAGCACAGACAAAGUAUCCCAACACUUGGGCAACCGUGCUCAGCACAACUUCCCACAGGCAGCCGACCACCAACAAAAAUAAGAUCACUCAACUCAAGACCAAAUGCCCCCAAUCAAUCAUCAAGGACAACAUUACAGAAAUCAUCAAGCUUGCAGAAGAGAAUGAAGCGCCCAGCAUCUUGAACCACAAGGCCGUGGAUAAACAUCUCUGCAAACUAGCCGGUUUGCUAUCCAACAGCAUUGCGACACAAACAAUGGUCGUUGAUCAAAUCAUUCAGGCGAGCCAACUUAAGAACCAAGGACCAUAUAAAACGCGCUGA